GGUUGUCAGGGGCAACUAAGAGAGACGCUACUUGGUCACAGUGGAAGCUACACAACAACAUUGGAAGUUACGGUCGAUAUUUUAAUUACUUUCGGGAUUACACAACUAAGUCAUCAUUGCCCCGAAGGAAACAACAUAGAGAAAGGAUCUCUGGGGACAUGGCGGUGUAUUUUGACCACCGUAUUGAGGCCCCUCAAAGCAGUGGGGUGCCCUCUCAUUUGACCUGGCACUCUGCUCUUCCUGUACUGGCUGUGGCCUCAAGCAGCCCCAGCACUGGAGGUCAUGUAGACCUCUACCUGCAGCAGGGAGAGUAUGUGGAGAUCUGCCAUUUAGAGCGUCCCCAUCAGCCCACAGUGCUGCGCUGGCAUCCCAUAAAACCAGUGUUGGCACUCGGCUGGGAAAACGGAGAGGUGGUGCUGCUGACACACCCAUCUGGAGAUCAAACAGUCCUUCCUAGCACACACACAGAUUGCAUCACUCUGCUGGAGUGGAGUAGCUCCGGCAGCCGCUUGGUAACUGGUGAUCAGACUGGUGCACUUGCUGUAUGGAAGGUAGAUGCAAGAGGCAGACUUCAGGGUAACCACCUUGUGAAGCAUGAAUACAACAAACCCCUGACAUGCUGUAUAUUCAGACCGCCUUCACCAGGGGAUGAUGUUGCAAAGCUAGCCCGGGCAUCAGUAAGUGGAGACGAAAGUGCGCUGGACAUGUUCAGCUGGAAGGGAGCGCCUCUCAAGAUGGGCCCACAAGAGGGACUUGCAUUCUACGUCAGCACUGCAGAUGGUAAGGUCCACUGUGUGGAUGAGCAAUGUAAGACAAGCACACUUCUCAGUGUGGAGGGCUCAAUCAAGAAGCUGUUCUACCUUGAGAAAAGAGAGGCGCUCGCUGUGAUCACAGAGACCAUGAUGUUGUCACAGUACACUCUUGGACCUGAGGGGGGAGCACAGGAAUUUAUGAAGGUUAAGCUGAGCAGCAGCAGGAGUGGGCAGAAUGUAGACAUUGUCUGGACAGAGAAUGGCCUCCUCAUCACAGCUGCAGGGGAGCUUGUUAUCAGGCUGUGGGACCUUGAGCGGGAUGAUAACUAUGUUUUGUCACUCGAUGAGACCCUGGGGUUCGAGAGAGGAGAGAUGAUCAAUUGUGUUUCAUACUGUGCAGGAAAGGAAAUCUUGGCCGCUGGUACCACCCAUGGGCGCAUAGCAAUAUGGAGGAUGGUGGUCCAGCCAGACAGCAGCAGAGGUGAUACCAAGGCCCAGUGGAAGCUACAGACACCCACAGAAGUAGAAGGAAAUGUCACACAACUACAGUGGGGCUCCAGCCUGAAUCUGCUGGCAGCCAACAAUUCAAACACAGUGCUGAUUCUGUGUGAGCAUGUGAUGUCAGCCCAUUUCAGCCAGCAGGUGGCAGCAGUGCAGCUCACCCCGACCCAGCUCAGCGUCACACAGUUCCCUACAGACGUGCAUCUGGCUCUACAGUCUGACAGGCACAUCAAGGGUGUGUGUGUUACCAAGGAAUCAGUGACAGUCUGGAGUGGCAAACAGGUCACUGUGUAUGAGUUUUCAGGCACAGUUCUACGCAAUACAGGAUCCUUUCCCUGUGACUCCCAUGUUGUAGCUGUACAUGGUGAGAACCUCUACACUGUAGAACCCAACAGAGUCCAGAUUCGCACUCCACAGGGCACUGUGAAGCAACUUCUGACUUUCUCCAAGGCAGAAGGGAACCCUGUGAUACUAAAUGUGUCUCAGUCUUACCUGGUGGUAGGCACAGACACUGCACACAUCAGAGUCUUUGACCUCUCUCGAAGAGAUGCCAAAGCUCACUGUAGCGCUAAGAACCUGGCAGAGCAAAUUUCCAAUUUAGGAGCCCUGAGAUCGGUCAAAUGUAACGCCAAUGGCAGCCAAGUCAGCAUCCUCAUCUCUCAGGUGAACGGGCGACCUGAUCACAAAGUGUACUUCUAUGACGUUGAGAUGGACACUGUGACACACUUUGACUUCUUCAUCGGCAGACCGUCCAGCUCCAUCUCACAGCCAGAAGAAAGUGAAAGGCAGCACUUUCAGAUGUCAGAACUCAGCGGCCGCUGCCCUGCAUCUCACUUCUGGGAUGAGAGUGAGCCCCGUCUUUUUGUGUGUGAAACAGUACCCGUCAGCUCUGAGUCCUCAUCAACCAGUUUCUUGGACACGAUGGACGUGUCAGUAGUGACACUCUUCUGUACACAGGAGCACGGGCUGCUCCUACAGGACUACUACCUUAAACCUCCUGGUCUGCAGGCGAUCCUUGCUUUGGACGUUCCCUACUAUUAUUUCAGCUGCAAGCCUGGCGAGAGAGAUCAAGAUUUAACAGAGGUUGCAUCCAAAGCAUUAGCACCUCAACACCAGCCCCAGCCAUCAAGAGGGACGUCUGCCCAGUUCCCUCACAUGGUGUCCAGGCGAGCUCUCAGAGACUUUGUGGGCUUGGAGAACUGUGAGAAGGCCACACGUGAUGCCAUGCUCAACUUCAGCUUCUACCUGACCAUUGGCGACAUGGACGAAGCAUUCAAGUCUAUCAAGCUCAUCAAGAGCACAGCAGUUUGGGAAAACAUGGCACGGAUGUGUGUGAAAACCCGCCGGCUGGAUGUGGCACGUGUGUGUCUGGGGAAUAUGGGAAAUGCCAGGGCAGCAAAAGCACUGAAGGAGGCGGAGGCUGAGCCUGAGCCAGAGGCCCAAGUGGCAAUGUUGGCCAUUCAGCUCGGCAUGCUGGAAGAUGCCGAAAAGUUGUACAAGAGCUGUCAUCGCUAUGACCUGCUGAACCGAUUCUACCAGGCAUCUGGCCAGUGGAAGCAUGCUCUGGAAACUGCAGAAAACCAAGAUCGCAUCCAUCUGCGCACUACCUACUACAAUUACGCCAAAUACCUGGAGUCCAUGGGUGACAAGGCCCUUGCCCUCGCAUAUUAUGAGAACUCAGACACACACAGGGUUGAGGUUCCCAGGAUGCUUCAGGACGACACAGAAUCUCUGGAGAUCUAUGUCAACAAAAUGAAAGACAAGAACAUCUAUAAAUGGUGGGCGCAGUACCUGGAGAGCCAAUUAGACAUGGAUUCAGCGCUGCUUUUCUAUGAACGUGCCCAGGAUUACCUCUCUUUGGUUCGAGUCUACUGCUACAUGGAAAACAUUCAGAAGGCAUCUGAGAUAGCCAAUGACACAGGAGACAGGGCAGCAUCUUACCACCUGGCUAGACACUACGAGGGACAUGAUGACAUCAAACAGGCUGUACACUUCUACACACGAGCACAGGCAUACAACAACGCCAUUCGGCUUUGUAAGGAGAAUGGUUUGGAUGACCAGCUGAUGAACUUGGCUCUGCUCAGUAACCCAGAGGACAUGAUGGAGGCUGCUUGUUACUACGAGGAGAAAGAGACUCACAUGGACCGAGCUGUUGCCCUCUACCACAAGGCUGGUUAUGUCUCCAAAGCUCUGGAGUUGGCCUUUGCCACGCAACAGUUCUCUGCACUUCAAGUGAUCGCUGAGGAUCUAAAUGAAAACUCUGACCCGGCCCUCCUAGCACGCUGUUCUGACUUCUUCAUCACUCAUACCCAGUAUGACAAGGCUGUGGAGUUACUGGUAGCAGCUAAGAAGUACCAUCAGGCCCUGGAGGUGUGUGUGAGCCAGAACUUGACCAUCACAGACGAGCUGGCAGAAAGGAUGACUAUCACAGAUUCUAAAGAUUUGUCUGAGGAGGCCAGGAAGGAGCUGCUGGAGAGGAUAGCAGACUGCUGCAUGCGUCAGGGCAAUUAUCACCUCGCCACUAAGAAAUACACACAUGCGGGAAACAGGCUCAAGGCCAUGAGAGCACUCCUCAAGUCAGGAGACACAGACAAGAUUGUGUACUUCGCCACCGUUUGCCGUCAGAAGGAGCUUUUCAUCAUGGCUGCCAACUACCUCCAGUCUCUGGACUGGCGGAAAAAUCCAGAGAUCUUAAAGACGAUCAUCGGUUUCUACACCAAAGGCAGGGCACCGGACCUGCUCGCUGGCUUCUAUGAAGCCUGUGCUCAGGUGGAGAUUGAUGACUACCAGAACUAUGAAAAGGCUCUGGAUGCUUUGACUGAGGCAUUCAAGUGCCUUUCAAAAGUAAAAGACUCUUCAGCAGGACAGCAUGAAGUAAGACUUGCAGACCUGCAACAUAAAAUCACUCUAAUCAAGAAGUUUGUCCAUGCACGCAGAUUGUACGCAGAGGACGCUGGUGAGGCAGUCCGGCUAUGUGAAGCCCUGCUGGAGGAGCCAGAGUUAGACCCUGCUGUCAGGGUUGGAGAUGCAUUUGGUUUCCUGGUGGAUUACUACUGCAAGCAGGGCAACAUCGAAAUGGCCCACCGUAAGCUGGAGGAGCUCCAGAGACUUUUGCCAUCGCAAAACGUCAAGUACUAUAUCAGCAAGGCCAGCCUGAAGGCCAUUCAGAAGGACCUACCAAUGGAUCAAGGUGACAGCAACCACAAUGUGAAGGAGGAUGAUGAAGUGGAAGAGGACUUACAUUAAUCAUAAAUAAUUCCCUUUUUUUUAUUUUGCUGAGCAGUAUAAUAUAUUUUCAUAUAUUUCCAUUCUUAAUUUGUGUGCAUGAAGAAACUUAGUUUGUCAAGCACAUGGUUAACAAGAGCCUGCACUGAGCCUGCACACCAGGAAUGACUGUGCAGUUGGUUCUGGGAAAAACAGCAACAUGAGGUCUGUUGGGGUUACCAACUGAAGUUACAUUGGAAAAAUGAGCACAGUAAUUGGUCGCAAUAGAGGGCACUUUAAUAUCACACAAUGAAUGAUCACUGUGAAACCACAACAGAAGAUAUUCUCAGAGAGAAAGCUACAAGACCACAUGAGGUGAUUGAAAUUCUCCUACUUAUCAACACAGUUAACCUUAGAGGAUGUCUUCUACCUCUUACAAAAAGUAAACAUAUAUAUUCUGUGUGCAAAUUUGUGUGACUGUGGACGAAGUGAAGAAUAUUAAACUUAUUAUAGAGCUUUGAUAUAAAAUGCCGAUGUCCAUUUGGAUUUACAUAAAAUUUGAAUCUAAAACACAGAUAUUGCAUUCAGAUAUACACUCAGAUAUAAAAUAGAACAAAAUAAAAGGACAUAAGUAAUCAUUAACCUGCUUGACCUGUAGUGACAGUUAAAAGGAAGAUUUGAUGCACUUCUACCCUGGAUUAAUGUUCAGAUUGAUGAAUGCAGAUUUCUAUUGCCUUUUUGCUAAGAUUAUAUUUAUCUUUUGGCUCUGAAUGCGGUGUUUGUUACAGACCAAUCCCCAUAAUCAUGUGGUUUACAUUUUGUACAAUGUAUUUUUAUAAUAAAUUAAUUAAUUAAUUGUAA